CGGUCUACUGUCAAACUUGACCUAAAUGGGUCCAAUGGAAUGGAAGGCUUUGGUCGCCCAAGCCGGAGGAAACAAUUGUAUGUGAUUUAAUUUCUAGGCUGCACAAUUUUUCAGGCCUUCCAGUUUCUGAGUGCGGCCGAGCCGCGUUGGCACCCAAAAUUGUUUAGCGUGUGUGGCGUUUGCCAUCGAGCACUUUGGCAGCUGCUGCUGCCGGUGUCCGGCCUUGUUUAUGCUACGCUUCGGAUCAGCCAAGCAGGCCUCCGGUCCGGUCCGAUGCCAGUUUAACGCCUCCGCUGGUUUGUCCCCAUCGGCCCAUUAGCUCACCAAAAAAUAUGAGCCAGAUCCAACAAUGACAUCCAGAUUUGGUAAAACCUACAGCCGUAAGGGAGGAGAGGGUACGUCCAAGUUUGACGAAGUGCUGUCCACCAAGAGGGGCACUCUGAGCACAAAAUGGGGGGACACCACCUACAAGGCCAAGGUGGGCUCCAAGCGUGCUGGCCCUCCAAAGGGCUCUUCGUUCCUGGACACUCACAAGCGAGCCCGACUUGGCGGGGGCGGCUCGGACGACCCGUUUGGCUUCGACAGUGAUGAGGAGUCGAAGCCGGUGUCCUCUCGCGGCGGUGGCAAGUCAUCACCUGCCAAGAUGGCCUCAGCGGAAGCCCCAAUGGUGGAAAAAGUGGGACUCAGCCCGGACCCCAGAAACUGGUCUAGCUUCCGCGAAGGACUCCACGGCUCAGUGCAGGAGACGUCACGGCCGGGUGGGACGGAGCGUUGUGGCCCCUUCUUCAACAGUGGCCAUGCCAGCAAAGGCAUACCCGAGAGCUCCUCGCCGUCUUGGGAGAAGCAACACAGCUACGCGUGGUACCAAAACGCCUCGGAGAGCGACCGGAAGCCUUUGGCGCAGACAGCCACCUUGAAGACCUCCGCCAAGGCCGAGUCCACCUACAGCUCCUGGGACGCCCUGAUGGGCUUCCGACCGCCUUCGCCCAGUCAGGAGCUGCGCGCCCCAGCGCUCUCUUGGACUUCGGCGGUCGCGGGGGACAAGCUGCCUUCGCCGUCUCGCCUGCAGAGCCCCGUGGAGAGCCGGGACCCAGAUGGCGACUUUGGCUUCGAGACGGCCGACUACUGCCAAACGACGUCGUCUCCUUCGGCCCACGUGCGGAACUCAAACUGUCGGACGUACCGCAGGCCCGGCAAGCGGAACGCCUCCAAAGCUUCGGAUUGUGGCGAUACGGCGCGGGGUCCGCUCACGUCGGCGUCUGGUGGGGCAGACGCAACGGAGGCGACUCGGAGCAGCAGGACGAGGGAUUACACCGUGCUGCACCCUUCCUCUGCCUCCAUGUGUAACGUCACCAAUCAGGCGGGCGGCGUGAAGGAGUUUACCAGUGAAGCCGCUCCCGCUAGCGAUAAGAGCGCUGCUAGCUUCAGCGGUGCCGCCGAGCAGCUCGACGCCACGCGGCAGCGAAAGAGGACCGAGCAACAGCACAGCAGUCAGAACCAGUCCAGAUCGAAGAAGGGAACCAAAACGGACCUGUUCGGUUUCGACGAAGUUGACGCCUGCCAAGAAAACGACAACGACGGCUCGUCCAAAUACAAAAUGAAAUACUUUGGUUUCGACGACAUGAGCGACAGCGAGGCAGUUGGAGGCGACGACGACGGCGGCGACCGCAGGAUGAAAGUGAGAGCGCGCUUCAAGGCGGUUGCCGAGGAAACGGCGCCCGUUGCCUUGGAGGACUCGCACGACGAGCCCGUCAGGAACUGCCGCGCCCUUGAGGGACGCGCCGCCGAGCGGAGCCAAAACUACUCACACAGGCAGGACGGCAGCUUACAAGCAGAGUCAGCCGGGCAGCUCCUGGAUAGCCUCCCCGCAGACGUGUUGAACUUCUCCGAGGACGAUCUGCGGGUGGUGGCCUCCGGCCCCAGGAGGCCCCCCCAGGGCAAGCCGGCCAGCAAGAACCACGACACCCACCGGAGGAUCUUCAGUGCACAGAAGAAGUCACCAACCAAAGCAGUGUACAACGCCCGCCACUGGACGCUGGAGAGCAAAGAGGAGCCCAUUCCGUCCUUCAUGUGCCGCCCGCCGGCGACUCCCGCGCCGCAGCUGUCGGGAGGAGCGUCGACCGACGUGGCGUCGGACGCGCAGAAGGACAACGGCGUCUUCAAAGCGCCGCCUCCUCCUCCCAAGGUCACCAAGUGUGUGCACGUCCCCAGUGACCCCUACCAGGACACCGUCACCACCCUCAAGUGUCGCAAAGAGCACAAGGAGCUAUACACGGUGGUCCAGCACGUGAAGCACUUCAACGACGUGGUGGAGUUUGGCGAGAACCAGGAGUUCACCGACGACUUUGAGUACCUGGCCGCCGGUCUGAAGAGCGGACAACCGCUCAACACGCGCUGCCUCAGCGUGAUCAGUCUGGCGGCGCGCUGCGCCAUGCCCAGCUUCAGGAUGCACCUGAGGGCACGAGGGAAGGUGGCGCAGGUCUUCAAAACGCUCAACGACGCCCCCCAGCACCAUAACCUGGCCAUGUGCACCGCCUCCCUCAUGUACAUCCUCAGCCGCGACCGGCUCAACAUGGACCUGGACCGCUCCUGCUUGGACCUGAUGAUCCGGCUGCUGGAGCUGGAGCUGGACCAGGACCACGGCGGCUGCGACCCGGCGUCCCAGCUGAGCGCCAGGGAGAUCUGCAAGAUGAAGGAGAAGAUCCGCAAGCUCUGCGACACGGUGCACAACAAGCACCUGGACUUGCAGAACAUCACGACGGGUCACCUGGCCAUGGAGACGCUGCUGUCGCUGACGUCCAAGCGGGCGGGUGACUGGUUCAAAGAGGAGCUGCGGCUCCUGGGAGGCCUGGACCACGUCGUGGAUAAAGUGAAGGAGUGUGUGGACAACCUGAAAGCGGAGGACGACAAGGAGAAGCUGGUGUCGUCCUUGUGGGGAGCCGAGAGAUGUCUGCGCGUGCUGGAUAGCGUGACGGUGCACAAUGCAGAGAAUCAGAACUACUUGAUCGCCUACAAAGACUCGUCACUCAUCGUGUCCUGUGCCAAGGCACUGCGGCGCUGCGAAGAGAUGAUCCGGCGCUACAGCCGGGAGGUCGUCGGCGGCACCCAGUUGAGCGUGGACGGCGGCUCGGUGGUGGCCAAAGCGGUGGAGAACUGCAUGAGGGCCAUCAUUUGCGUUCUGCUCAACCUGACGCACGACAACGAGUGGGGCAGCACCAAGACGGGCGAGCAGGACGACUUGAUCGGGACGGCGCUCAACUGCGUUCUCAGAGUUCCGCAAUACUUCCCACAGGAGAAGAGGUUCGACAUCCGCGUUCUGGGCCUGGGCCUGCUGAUCAACCUUGUGGAGUACAGUGCCAGGAACCGCUAUUGCCUGAUGGAAAUGGAGACGGAGGGAGGUCAGGGUCCCUGCGACUCCACCGUGCUUCUCCUGCCUCCGCACCAGCCCGACGUCGUCAUCGCCGGCGGUCCGCUGGGCGCCGUAGCAGCGCUCGUGCAGCUGUUCCUCCAGCGAGAGCGAGCGGCCGUCCAAGCCGAGGCGCAGACCGACGACCUCAUCAAAGAGCCGGCCAAGCCGGCGGACAAGAGCGGCGAGUGGCAGGAGACGGGCGGCGAGAUCCAAUGGGUGGCCAACGACAACCACUGCGACGACGCCCAGGAGAAGGACGACAAGGAUGAGAAGAAGGAGGAAGAAGACCGCGAGCUGGACCUCAACAAAGCUCUGCAGCACGCGGGCAAGCACAUGGAGGACAGCAUCGUGGCGUCGUACACGGCUCUGCUGCUGGGUUGCCUCUGCCAAGGAAGCCCCAUGAAUGUGACUACUGUGCGAGAGAACUUGCCUCAGGGGGAUUUCUCCGUCAUGACGGAGAUGCUCAAGAAGUUCCUCAACUUCAUGAACCUCACAUGUGACGUCGGCACCGCAGGACAGAAAUCCAUCGCCAGAGUCAUCGACUAUUGUGUCUGUGUGUGUAUGCAUGCACGCACGCAUGCACGCACGCAUACACACACACACACACACACACACACAGACACACACACAAGCGGUCCAUCUCCAGUCAGUAUUUUCACUCCUGUGCCGUAUUUGGUGCUCCCGGUUCUGACUCCUCAAUCAAGCUACUGUUUUAUUAUUUUUUUAAAAAUUAAUUUAAUGUUUUUUUUUGAAAUACAUUUUAUUUUUUUAAAUUUUUUUUUUUUUUUUUUUUUUUAAACUUUAAAGCCACAAACUCGUCCCUGGGCGCCUCCUCAUUCGUUAAGUUGGAAGUUUGGCGCGUGGAGAAGAGCCCAAAAUGGUUUCCGUUCGGUUUGCGUCAUCUCCUUCAUCCACGCGUCUCGAUCCUCCGUUUUUGCCCUUGAACGAGUGAGUGUCACGUACCUCUUGCCAGGUCACUUCAACAUAUAUAUAUAUUUUUAAAUCAAAACUUUUUUUUUUUUUAUGGCGCACGUACAACUUGAAACACACUCUUGCCGCUUAUCGCGAGCAACUUGCCUGUGCGACUUGCAGUUCCACGCGUGACGCACUUAAGUGGCGUGUGUGACGUAUUUGCGUGCCCGCGACUUUAGAAAGUUUUUGUCGACGACCUCGCAGGUUGCGCGUGCGACUUCAGUGCGACAUACCGAGUUGUACAUUUGACAUACAAACUUGCGCGCUUGCAAUGCAGAAAACGGCAGUCGCUUCCCCCCCAAAUCUUUUUUAAAUGCGGAGGUGUCUCUUUAACAGCUUUAAAGGGUCUUUUCUCAUUGUCACAUUUGGUUUCGAUAAUCUCAGGAUCGUUGCUUUCAUUUUUAAAAUCACACACACACACACACACACACACACAAACGUUUACAAGAGCUUUAUUGAGGAGUGCGGAGGAUGUUGGUGUACAUAGUUUGUUCAUAAGUUGCCGAAGGAGCAGUGCAUGAUGGGAAGCGGGUGGGUUGGGCCGUGCGGGGAGAGGCCUGGACUACUUUGGAGAAUUUUUUUACAGACUUUUUUUUGGGAGGGGGGGUUGGCGUUCCUCCUCCUGCGUGUUGGAAAGUUCUUAACACGGCGACUGCGUUUGUACCGGUCUUUGCUUACGUGUACAUACUUGGAGAAAAAUAAAAAUUGUUACUUUCAGUA